CUUCACCGCAUUGCAGUUCGCCCGGGAGCCAGGGUGGUCACAGUGGUCUCUUCCACUUGCGCCGUCCCACGCCCUCCAUCGCUCAACGGUCCCGUCCUCGUCUGCCAGUUACACACACCUCACCCUCAUCCUCAACAUGGCUGGAAGAUACACGCGUCAACAAUGGCUCACUCUCAUCGUCUUCGCCAUCGCCGACUUCUGCAGCGCCGUCUGCGUCUCGCUCCAGGCGCCCUUCUACCCCAUGAUGGCAGAGUCCAAGGGCGCGACCCCGACACAGUACGGGUUCGUGUUCGGUAUCUUUGAGCUGACGGUGUUCAUCGUGAGCCCCAUCUACGGUAACUACCUGUACAAGAUCGGCCCCAAGUUCAUGUUCAACGCCGGCAUCUUCACCACCGCCACCACCUGCAUCCUCUUCGGCUUCCUCGACCGCAUCAAUAACUGUAACGCCUUCAUCGGCUUCUCCUUCGCCAUCCGCAUCGUUGAGGCAAUGGGCAACUCCGGCUUCCUCACCGCCUCCUUCAGCAUCAUCGCGAAGGAGUUCCCGGAGAACGUGGGCGCCACUUUCGCCUGUCUCGAGACCUGCUUCGGGCUGGGCAUGAUCGUGGGCCCCACCCUCGGCGGCGCGCUGUUCGAGCUGGGCGGCUACACGCUGCCCUUCGUGUCGCUGGGCUGCAUGCUGCUGGCCGCCGCCUCCUUCACCUACUGCAUCCUGCCGUCCUACAGCGACGAGCCCAAGAACGAGGAGGUAAAGCAAGGCAGCAUGUUGUCCCUCAUCAAGAUCCCCGCCAUCGGCCUCGCCGCCUACGCCAUCAUUGCCUCCUCCAUCAGCAUCGGCUUCCUGCAGGCCACGCUGGAGCCCCACCUGCGCCCCCUCAGCCUGUCGCCUUUCCAGCUUGGGCUCAUGUUCGUGCUCAACGGCGCCACGUACGGCUUCUUUGCCCCGGUGUGGGGCUUCCUGUGCGAUAAGAUCAUCAACCCGCGGUUUGUGGUCAUCUUCGGCGCCUUCGUCGUGAUGACGGCCUUCAUCCUCAUCGGGCCGGCGCCCUUCCUGCCCAUCCCCACCACGCUGCCGAUCUGCAUCAUCGCCCUCGUCCUCCACGGCACCGGCUUCGGCGCCGAGCUCGUCGCCACCUUCACCAGCGCCCACCGCGAUGCCGUCAAGAACGGCUUCCCCGACGACAUCUCUACCUACGGCCUCGUAUCCGGCAUGUGGACCUCCACCUUCGCCCUCGGGGCCUUCAUCGGACCCUCGGCCGCCGGCGCGCUCUUCGACUGGGUGGGCUUUAGCUGGGCGACGGUGGUCGUGGUGGUGCUGCACCUGGUGGUGGCGGUGCUCUUCAUGUUCAACUUGUGCUGCGAGGGCCAGCGGCGGCCCGGCAGCGGCAUCUACACCAAGAUCCACCACAGCCUGGCGCAGACCGACCCCGAGAAGGCGACGCUCAUCACCGGCGCCGACAACAAGACGCCGCUCAUCAGGACCGUCUCGGACUCCUCAUACUUCAGCGCCACCUCGGACUCCUCGGAGGAGUACUACGUGUACUGAGGCGCCGCCGCGAGAGGGGCCGCCCCCUCGGAGACCAAGUCAUGCCGUGACGCCUGACGCCCGGCGCAAGCGGCACGCCACCCCACCCGCCGGCCCGGGUGUGGCUCCGGGCAGGGUGCGGGAGGAGGGGUGGGCGCCCCUCCUCCCCGCCCCCCGGUCCCCACUACUUCUACUACUACUGAUGGUGCUCAACCCGCUCAAGGCUCAGUAUUGACCUAGGUUGUUGUUGUUGUUUACCCGCGACUUUAGUCACCGCGGGAGCGUGUUUCUAGGUUGUGUGUAACUUAUAAAUGAAAUGAACAGAGAUUUUCCUA